GAUGGCGUCUCCCCUUUGAGGUGUUUGUGUGUGGAGCUCGCUGAGGGAGCUGUGUCGGGAAGAUGAUUGGGUCCCCGGACCUGGUGGCCUUCACGAGGGAGGAUGAGUAUGAGGAACAACUGCAGAGCCCCCCGGGGCUCCCCGAGGAGUACACAGUGCCCUUAUUCCCCUUCCCUGACCCGGAGAGCAGCCCCUGGUCCAGGCUCUCAGGGGCCAAAUUCACCAGGGACUUUAUCCUCAUCUCUGAAUUCUCCGAGCAGGUGGGGCCCCAGCCCCUGCUCACCAUCCCUGAGGACCAGAGCGUCCGAGGGGUCUUUGACCUCAACUAUUUCUCCCUGCGCAUCAUGUCUGUGGACUACCAAGCCUCCUUUGUUGGGCACCCACCUGGAUCUUCCUACCCAAAGCUCAACUUUGUGGAGGACUCCAAGGUGGUCCUGGGGGACUCCAAGGAAGGUGCAUUCGCUUAUGUCCAUCACCUGACACUGUAUGACUUGGAAGCGCGGGGUUUCGUGCGACCCUUCUGCAUGGCCUAUAUCUCAGCAGAUGAGGAGAAGAUCAUGCAACUGUUUUUGGAUCUCUCCAAUGACUUCUCCAAGGCCUCGGAUUGCCUUAAGACUGGUAACAGAAAGGCGUUCGCCAACGAACUGGAAAAGAAGCUUAAAGAUUUGGAUUACACCCGAUCUAUACUGCUGGCCCACUUGGAAGAGCAGAGGAAGACGGAUGACAAGGGAUUUUACACGACGCAGGCCAUUGACAAGGCCAACGAACUUGCCAAUGUGGAGAAAUCGAUUAUUGAACACCAAGAUCUUUUGAAACAGAUACAGUUGUAUCCGUAUAGAAAGUUGAAACCCAAUGAAGAUUUUCAACCGUAUACUCCAGAACGUUUGCCCAAUGACACUCUAACUAGUGAUUCUGAACAGACUGUCUCUUUUUCCGACACAGAGGAAAACCCUCCAGAAGAGGAGGCAAAUGCCUAUCCUACUAGAUUAGCAUACACGCCAAAAUUCAUAAUGGCAAAAUCUGCCAAAUGUUUUGCUAAAAAAUUGAAAACGUUAGAGGAACUUGUUGAUGUAUACUUCUUUACACAAACAAUAGAUUUGCUGACAAGGUUAGAAAAACGGUAUAGAGGUGAUAUAAGCUACCUCUUAAUGCGUCACCUUGAUAAUAGCCUGUUGGCGCAGCAACAAAUUUCAAACUUCUUGUUUGAAGAUGUGUCCACUUGGAGUCCAAAUGUGCCUGAUAAGCGUUACGAGGAUAAACUGGAAGUUUCUCAAAAUUUGCACAAUUCCAAAUGUUUGGAGGAGCCAGAGUCUCUUAAACCUUCAGCGAGUUUGGAAUCCUACAAGUCAAGUGUAGAGUCAGUCCCUAUAAAAAUUGAACAGGACUUGUUUAAUGAAAAUUGUUGUACAGAGCAGUUGGAGUUGGGCAGUGGUGAUAAUGCAGAAGUUACUGAAUAUCUUGAUGUGGAUAUCAAAGGGAGCGUAAGUAGCGGUGACAGCAUUGAAGUGCUGAGAACAGAGAGAUCUACUUCAGUGCUUACACAUUCAGAGAGUCAACCAUGCAUUCUACUUCAUCCAAGUCCACAGCCACCUCGGAGGAGGGCAGCUGGCAGGAGAACUAUUAGUGAGGACAGUAUUGAAGUACUUAGCACAUGCACAUCAGAAACUGUAAUACCUGAGGAUUUUAGGGCAGCUUACCAAAUCGCCAUUAACGAAGAAGAACCAUGUUUAGAUGAGGAAAGUGGAGAGCCUCCAUGCAGCGCUGGUGCUAAUGAAAAAUCGCCUGUCAAUGAAUUGCAAGAAGAUCCUGCUUGCUGCAUUGUUGCAGAUAAUUUAAGCACUGUGCAGCAUAAUGGAGACCUAGAUCCAGACCCUGCUGGGGGAGACACUGUCAUUCGUGUUCCACCUCAACCAUACAGAUUCUCAGACCAGACAUUUCAAGUGAAACUCUUUGUGGACAAGGAUGAAAAUCCUUCUGAUGAACCUGCCUGCCCAGUGCUUUCCUAUCAUGAACCAGAGUCCAGCCAUUUAUUAAGCAGUAGAGAAGCUAAACAACUGACCCUUGAAUACUCUGACUCAUUAAGUCACAAGAGCAGUGCUUCUACUUGUUCUGAUAGGACACCUUCUCCUUCUCCUCCUCCUGUUGUAGGUGCCACUGAACGUCACAGAAGGAAAGCUGGUCAUAAUGCAUUAAGGUUUAUCAGACAGUACCCCUUCUCCCAUCCUGCCAUUUAUUCACUUUUGAGUGGGAGAACGCUCAUAGUAUUGGGAGAAGAGGAGGCCUUUGUUAAAAGACUUGUGACUGCCCUGUCUAUAUUUGUCCCCAGCUGUGGACUUGCUGCCAAACCUAUAAAGCCCUGGGUCACUACCCCUCUGCACAUCACAGAUUUUCAGAAGUGGAAACUGAUUGGACUUCAAAGAGAAGCCUCUCCAUCCGGGUCUCACAUCAUGCACUCCCUGAACCGGUAUAGCCGAUAUGCCAGUGUCCUGGAUGCAGACAACAAAACACUCCGCUGUCCUGUGUAUAAGGGUACCCUCCUUCAAAGAAUGGCCGACCAUCGCACACAAAUCAGAAAGGGCAGCACAUACUAUAUGCACGUGCAAUGUAUGCUUACACAACUGAGCUCCAAGGCUUUCCUGUUCACAUUCUGUCCUCACGCUCAUCUCCCAAUCCACGAGAAAGAGAGCGAAGAGUCUAUUGCUCAGCGGAGAGCUGCCUUUCUACACCAGCUGCUUGGCCUCUCCCAGGAGGACAGUAGGAUAGUGGAAUACCUAUCAGAGCUUCUCAAAAUGCAUUAUCUGAGAGCGUCAGGAACGCAACUCCUCCCUGUGCUCAGGUUCGACUAUGUCCCUAGCUUUUUAUACAAAAUUUGACCCCCCACGAUGCCAUUUAAGUACUUUCUUCUCUCAGAGAGGCUGUGGAUGACUUACGGAUGCAGACCCAACAAUGGAGCAUGACAAUUUUGCACCACAAGCCAGGAUAUCUAGUUGAGGAAGUCUAUCAGAGUUUAUCUAGUGGAUUGGUUUGUGUUGUUUUGUGUAUGUUUAUAUAUAAUUUUAUGGUACCGGUUAUCUGAACACCUACUACUGAGAAAGCAGAAUGCCAGCGCAGCCAGGUGGGUCACAGAGUAUUACCCAGUGUGUCUAGAUACAGGGAGUGCUCAGGCAAACUUUUUCUUAGCCAUUGGAAGCCAGUUUGGCUAUACCAUGUGAAUGGAUAUUAUUUGCUUUUUUUAACCUCUGUUAGAGGUUGUGCCGCAUCAUUUUGUCUGUAAACAUUUCAUCUCAUUGACUUGGUUAUAGUGCCUGGAUACUUUUGGCGCUGUCCUUUCAGUGUUAAACUAUUUUCAAAUAGUUUUACACUAAAUAAGAGUCCUUGGCCUCUCACAGCCCCGCCUUUACUGGAGGCGUGACUAAUGCAGAGAAUAUACUUCCUUUCAGCCAUACAAAUAGAAAUCAUCAAUGGGUGUUGGUAAAGGCUGAAAGUGGCCACUUCACACUAUCAGUCAAUCUUUGCUGCCUACUUUUGCUGAGGCUAAUGCCUCUUUAUUAGCUCAUGCAGCACAAAGGAUAAGGACUGCUGGGGAAACUCAAUUAACAUUAAAAACAGUGCUUGGCUUCAUAUUCUAUAAUCACUUCCAUGAGAUGAAGCAGUUACACUGCCUACAGUGUACCUUUUAAAGGACAACUGUCAUACUUUCACUUCUUUCUUUUUUUUCUUUUUAAUAUUUAUUCGAUUUAAGGAAACUUUAGUUGUUUGUUUUUUGAGAAAAAAAAACAACUCACUUUCUCUGGGUGAGCAACCAUCUAGGUCAGAUUCUAUUAUUUGCUGUGAUUGCUCUGUGUGGCAAAUUAGGUUGAGCAGCAGUUUUUCAGAUAAUAGUAGAAUCUGACCCAACAUAAUUGCUCAGCUACAUAAUAAAGAAACCAAAAAAAACUUGUUUUAGUAAAUGUAAUAAACUUUAAACAAAAAAAAGAAGUGAAAAUGUGAUGGCCUCUCCACAUGAGGGCAAGUUAAAGGACCACUAUAGUGCCAGGAAAACUCGUUUUCCUGGCACUAUAGUGCCCUGAGGGUGCCCCCACCCUCAGGGUCCCCCUCCCGCCCAGCUCUGGGGAGAGGAAAGGGUUAAAACUUACCUUUAUUCCAGCGCCGGGCGGGGAGCUCUC